AUGGCGGAAAUGGUCGAUCCCAACGCGCCUUCCUCCGCCAGGGACGGCCACGACGCCGAUGGCGAUUACGACAUGGGCUACGAUGAUGAGGAUUUUGAUGCAAUUUUCAAAGACAUGGAGGAGUUCAACGGCGCUGCCAGCCAUCAAGCACCUACCACUAGCCCUGGCACUCAUAUUCAGCAGUGCGCAAACCUGGCACGUCAGAUACUGUCGAGGUCGCCGCCGCCGCUCGGGCCCGACCCUGUUCCCGUGCCUGCACCCGUGAGAUAUGAGCCGUGGGAGCCCGCCUUCGAUAUGGAGGAGGCACCGCCGGCACCACAAGCAGCGCCAGGAGCACCAAUCUAUCAACCCGGGGUGCCGCCCAUCCCUCCUCGGCCUUCCCCGACCUUCCGGCUUCCAUCCAUCGACACCGUCUACGAUGGGCUACUAGCACCGAAUCGUCCACCGCAACAAGUCUAUUUGCCAUCACAAGGCUCGCCGCCACAUGGCCCGCUGCCUUUUGGUCGCACUCCGCCGCCACCACCGGUAGCGCCCCCGGCGCCGCAUCACGAAGAUGAUAUACUCGAGAUCAUCGACCCAAGCGGGAAUAUCAUCGUCGCUUCCGGUGGCCCACAGCGGCAAAGAUUCCUUGCCAAUACCGCUGCCCUCGUCCGUUCUUCUUCUGUCCUCACUGGAAUCAUCAUGCCCGCGCACAACAACCAGAUGAUCAAGCAGGAGCCUGGGCAUGACCAACAGCCCCCACCUCCUCCGAUGUCACAUCCUUUACGCUCCCCUGCCGCCUACCUGAUACCGCCUGAGGGAAAUAGAUCUUCCCUGUCAACCCUCUUUAUUCCUGAUGUCGAGGACAAGGUGUGCAAGACCUUUCUUCUCAUCAUCCAUGGCUUUUUCAACAGAGUUGAGAAAAGUUUCAAGAGCGUCCAACUUCUAUACGACCUCCUCUUAUUCACCCACCGUUACGAGAUGACCCUUAGUCUACAAUCGGUGGCUGUUCCCUGGCUGAAGAGGAUCUAUCAAGAGAAUCCCCACCGCCAUGAUGAGGUGGGGAAGCAGCUGUGGGUUGUAUACGAACUGGGACACCUGAAAAUGAUAAGGCAUACCAUUCGGUGCAUGGUCAAGACGGCGAGGAUUAACAAGGACGGCCAGUUGCUCGGGUAUGGUGCCCAGGAAGGGAAGGAUGAGUAUACGCAGUGGGCGCCUUUGGUGCAUUUAGGAGAUAUAACCAUAUGCCGGCGACGUGUCAUAAACCGACUGAUCUUGGAAGUCGAGAAAGUUAUCGAACGCCUCACCUCCUCACCUCCCGUCCUCCCUCCCAACGAAUCCAGCGAUGAUGAGGAAGUUCACAGCCCACACAUAGCUAGAAGCCAGAAUCGGUACAGAGCUCCGAGUCUCGACCACCGAAAUCCUAGGCAACCUAUCGAAAUUCCGCCAGACGACCCCCCUCGCCAAGUCUGCAUCUCUCGCAGGCCGCCCGGCAGAGUCACUCACGCAGUCAAUUGCGAUGCCAGCAUGCUCGGGGCUUUGCACCGUACAUUGCGCCAAGAAGGAUGGACUACCAUGGAUGCGACUUGCAGUCCAAGCCAUCUAUACAGGCGGAUCAAGAAGAUCGGGAAGACGGCAACGGAACAGGUGGUUAUUACGCAUACGCUGAAGGGGCACAAGGCAUGCAAUCCGUUUGGCGAUGACAAGUGGAUCCGGCUGGAGGAUCUGAUCAUGGAGGAGGUGAAUAUGAUUCCCUUCGACAUUGAGGAGCUUAAGAAGCGCGGAGGGCUGAUGGGGUUUUCGAUUCAAGACUGGCAGUAA